UCACGCCCAGCAAUGGUCAGCCCGCGAUCACCACCAACAGGCCUGACCACGAUCCCGUUCUCCCUGGCACGUACGCGGUGGCGUGCAGAGGAGAGGGGAGGGCUCGAACUGGGAGCUACAAAGACGCUCGGGUCUACCUACGUUACGGGCGCGCGGGAUAUGAUGGAUCGGCGAUGCCGCGGAUUCCGCGCGCGCGCGGGGGGUGGAAGGCCUUCCUUCCUUCCCCCCACCACCAACACCAACGACCGGAUCGGCCGUGGCUCGCCGAUGGAUCGCGGUCGCGCUAUAUUGGCGUAGCGCGGAGGCAGCGUUGGCUGGCUCCCACCCCGGCCCCGUAUACGAUGAUAACAUGGGAUCGGCGAGGCGGCUGCCGCUUCUCCUCGUCCCGCUCCCGCAUCCGCAUGGAGGAGGAGGCCGCCCCCGCUAUAAGUACCCAGGGCUCCCACCCCCGCCCACGCGCGCGCGCGGCUCCCAGAACCAGGCGACGAGACGAUCCAAGGCCCCCGGACGCGAGGGCGCCCCUCCUCGAUCGAUCGCCAGGCAUUGUUACUCUCAGUCUCGCACGACAAGAUCGCCGAGGAGAUGUCGGGUUAUGAUGACGACAACGAAACCAACCUAGUGGAGGACGAGUACGACGACCUUGAUGAUUUUAUCGUGGGAAGCGAUGAUGAGGGCGACAAUGUAGCCGAGGAGGAGGAGGACGAGCUGCCUGAGGCUGAGGAGGUAGAAGCCGAAGAAGAGUAUGAGGAGGAAGAAGAGGAAGAGCCGCCUGUUGGCACGCAGGAAAUCCUUUCCUUCAGGGAGCAAUUAAAGGCCAAAUUAAGAAAACAACAUCAGUCUAGCGGCGCCGAUGCCGACGGGAACCCUAGCUGCUCGUCGUCCGAUCAACCGUCGGUCAGGUCCAGAUUUGGCACCUUCUUUGGGCCGUCCACGCCGGUACUUGCUCCCCGGCUCAUGGAGGCAGGGUGCUCGUCGAUGAUGAAGGAGAACCAGGACGUGCCAUUCAGAAAACAUGCCGCUCCGUCUUCAGCUUCAAAAACGCAGCAAAGUGCAAGCACCCAUGAGCAGAAACCCAAGAUCGUACCUCAGGUGAAACGUAAGGUUGACACCCUUCGCGAGAACAGGGACUACUCGAACCUGUUCUCGGACGAUGCCGAUACACCUCCCCUAACAAAAGAAGACGCAGAAAAGAAGCCUGUCAUGGACCCAAAAUCUGAUGUCCAAGCUCAUCGGAUGAAAGCAAUGCAAUCUACUGCAAGAAACAACAAGGUGCCCACAAGCCAUACUGCCAGACCAUCAAAAGACCAUGGAUCCAUCCAGAGGCGCGUGGAAAACAAGGUCUUCUCUCAGGUGAAGAAGGAGCCACUCCCAAACGGGAGGAAACCGAAUGCUUCUGCCAGGAACGGAUCCAGAUCGGCCAACGGCAAAGCUCGUCCGGGGCUGCAGCCAUCCUCCAAUGGCCAAAACCCACAGUGCUCGAUACAGAGCAAAAGCCCGCAGGUGUUGCCUGCUUCCCAGCGGCAGCAGCAGCGGCCACUGAAACCGCAGGGUCCGAGGCAGCAGAACCAUGUCCCACCUUCGCCGCAAGUUCGAAGGACGAAUUUGUCAGUGCAGGGCCAGCAGCCUGCGCACAAGGGUUCUGCUCUGCCUCGGGAUAGAACAAAAUUGGGGCAGAAGCAGCUGGCUCCUUCCUCAAGACCAAAGCCAUCUCCAACAAGUGCAGUUUACGGUGACCCUGCAAAGAAAAAGGGUGGAGCGAAGAGGAAAGUCAGUGACGCGGAGAAAGUUCGUCAAAUGGUCAGAGAUGUGCUCAACUACGACCCGAACAAGUACUCUCACAAGGAUAAAGAUGAUGAUAGCGACAUGGAAGCAAAUUAUGCCAGCAUACAGAUGGAAGAGAGAAGAAGUGCAAAGAUUGCAAGAAAAGAGGAUGAAGAGGAAUAUCGCCUACUUCAGGAAGAGGAGCAGCGCCAGCGGGCGAAGAAGAAGAAGCAACGGAAAGAAUCGUAGACGAUUCCAUGGCCGGAUUGCAUUGCCCUAGUCAUAUAGUGUGCCCUUUUAUAGCUUAAUUUCCAGGACAUCAAAUUCAGAAUUGUCGAUCAUGACUACAAGACGAGACUACACUUUGACUUUU